UGCGUCAUUUAUAUUAUCGUUUUUCACGUCUUGUUUCAUCAAAUUAGCUCUUAAUUUGGGAUUAGUAAAACUGCAAUCUGAAGUUUUCAGUUUUAUUUUAUAGAAACAUUCAAAAUGGGUGAAGAAAAUGAGAAAUUAGCAGAAAACAUGGCCACCAGUCAGGUUUACAGUCCGGGUCCUAACUCCGUGGAUGUUUCAAUUAAUAAAGACGGUGGAGUUCUGAAAGAAAUCUUGAAGGAGGGCGAAGGUACGGAGCAUCCUUUAACUGGAGACAUGGUGUCGGUCCAUUAUGUUGGCAAGCUUCCAGAUGGCACUGUCUUUGAUUCCAGCCGAGAUCGGGGAGACCUCUUUGAAUUUAAUUUAGGGAAAGGUACGGUGAUUAAGGCCUGGGACCAAGGUGUGGCCACAAUGAAAAAAGGUGAACUAGCCAUCUUGUAUUGCACACCUGACUAUGGCUAUGGCAAAAGUGGAUCUCCACCAAAAAUACCACCAAACUCGCCUUUGGUAUUUGAAGUUGAGCUUUUUGACUGGAAAGGGGAAGAUGUAUCAGAGGGCAAAGAUGAGGGAGUUCUCAAGAGUACGUUUGUGGCCGGAGAGGGCUAUCAAACACCCAGAGAUGGUGCCACCUGUGAUGUUCACAUAAUUGGUCUGUUGAAUGGUGUCGAGUUUGAAAACAGGGAUGUGACAUUUACAGUGGGUGAGGCUUGUGAAUCGGGCAUUGUUGAUGGCCUUGAGAUGGCAAUCACAAAAAUGAAAAAAGGUGAAAAGGCUAAAUUAAAUAUAAAAUCUAAGUAUGCAUAUGCCGCUGAAGGUAAUUCUCAAUUGAACAUUCCACCAUCUGCUGAUUUGGAGUAUCACGUUGAGUUGAAGAAGUUUGAAAAGAGCAAGGAGUCUUGGGAGUUGGAUGCAGAUGAAAAGCUGGAACAAUCAGAAAUUUGUAAGACCAAGGGUACCAACUUUUUCAAGGAGAACAAGUACAAGCUGGCUCUACGAUACUACAAAAAGAUAGUCGACUACCUCAAGAGUGAAGAUACCCUACAGGGUGAGAGUGCUGAGAAACGCAAGUCUCUUCUGCUGGCUGCCCACCUCAAUGAAGCUCUCUGCCACCUCAAAUUGAAGGAAGACCUCGAGGCAUUCAACUCCUGUAAUGAGGCUUUGACUCUUGAUCCAAAAAAUGAGAAGGGAUUGUUCAGACGAGCUACUGCCCAGCAUAAUCUUCAAAAUUUCCAAGAAGCAAUCCAAGAUUUCAAACUUGUGUUGGAGGUUGAUCCAGAGAACAAGGCAGCAAAGAAUCAAAUAACAUUGAUCAGUCAAAAGUUGAAGGCCAUCUACGAGAAAGAGAAGAAAACUUAUGCUGGCAUGUUCGCUAAAUUUGCGGAAGCUGAUUCUAAAAAACAGCUGGAAACGAAGAGUUCAGAUGAAAAUCUGAAGAAGGAAAGUGAUGCGAACUGUUGUGGAGACGGAGACAACCAUCACAAAUGUGAAUCCGGUUGUGGCUCCCCAGACGAGGAAAUUAGUGCAUAAUCGUCGCCAUCUUCACUAACCAAUACUCCCCAAGACAAUAAUGAUGUGCAUGACACAGAGUCGACUAUAUCAUUUUGUUUCAUGUUAUUUUUUUGUAAUAGUAUUUCUAUUUAAGAGGUCGCCCGUUAUAGUUAUAGAUAGAUAUUUAUAGUUAAUUGUAUAAUUAAGAUUCUUGUUUUGAUUCCUAAGUUAUUAUCACCGCAUGUGAGCCUUGUUCGUAGCGUGCUGCCCGUUCACUCCAUUAUCUAUUUGCUUCUUGCGGUGCAUGCUCCUCUCAAUUUGCAGUAUGUAUUCUCGUUUCUACUGUUAUUUCGCUCCUUUGUUUGUUCAUCACUAUUUUAGCUUUUUUCAAUAUUAAAUGAAAUUAUUGAAUUAGCUUUUUUCAAAAUUAAAUGAAAUUAUUGAAUGUUCCUGUCCUCACAAAUAAGUUCAAUUCAGAUUUAAAGUAUUUUAUUACUGAAAGCAGACCAUCAAUGAAGAGGAAUGAAUGAAACCGCCUAUGAUCGUUUGUUAUUAUAAGCUUUAACUCUUGGUUGAGCACAAAGGCAACAAUAUAUACAUCAAAACAAUGA